AUGGCAGGUGAGUACAAGGACGCCACGUUCGCUGCCGUCGCCGAGAUCCUGGGAGCCUUCGCGGAGCUGGGGACGCCCUUUGAGGCUUCAGUGGACUUUUGGUUGAGUGUGACUGCCAAGGUGCCUGGGAACAGCAUCCGCCACCUCGCACCGAUGCUGCGGGCCCUGCGAGACUUGAAGGUCUUGGAGCCUGCUCUACUGGAGGCCGUGGCGCAAGAGCUGCUCCUUCGGCUCGAAGAUGCACUACAGCCUGACAUGACGACGCCAGAGGUGACGCCUGACCGUCCACGGCCGGCACCCUUCCCGGCACCUCCGCGGCUACCACAGCUCCUAGGCAACCAGGUCGAAGGGGCGGCCAAAGAUGUCGCCGGGCAGGCCGAGGAGAGCCAGGCGCUGGUGACAACUGACCCCAACGCUUUGUUUCAGGUUGAAGCAGAUGAUGCUAUCAUCGAUGAGGACGAGGACAGCGACGGCAAGGCCGAGGGCUCCACCGGCCGAACGAGGAGAUGGUACAACGCGGUGACGCGGAAGUUGGACUUGAGCGCCGACCCGGACGCCUCCCAGGUCCCAUUCUACGCUCCCUUCAAUGCGGACGACGCCUACCGGCGGAACUUGCGCGGCUUCCGGGUGGCACAGGCCCUGGAGGGUUUGGAGGCGUUGCGUGCAGUCUCAGCUGCCAGCGGCCAAGCUACAUCUGGAGGCGGUGAGUCCUCCGAUUCACCGCAGCCCUUGGACCUCCGCCUGUUAGAUGCGGCUCAGCCACUGGUGGCCUCGGCACUGCAGGGUUUGACACCCGCGCAGCUCACCGUGGCCGCAGAGCUCUACGCAGGCAGCGAGGUCCCUUCAAAUACUGAUCUCGCAACGGUGAAGGCGAUCCUUCGUGAAUCCCUCCGGAGGAUGUCCAACUUCUCGCUGGACGAGAUCCGCAGGCUCAAUGCAGCCUGUGAGAGCUGCGGUGCAGAGGACCCGUACUUGUCCCGUGCGCAGAAACGCCGCUUUCCCAAGGCAGCGAACGAGUUCACGUCGACGGGUCGCAGGGAAGCUCCACAGGAGUUGGACAUUCCGCCCGACUUGCCCGACCCGCAGCAUCAACUGCCGGCAGAGGUGGUCCCGGUGCCCUUCAUUAUGGUGGCCAAGUUUCAUCUCCGUUGUGAGUUAGAUCUGAAAGAGGUGGCCUUCUCCAUUCGCCACGCGGAGUACAACCCCCGGAAGCACACGAGCAUCACCGUACGACUCUUCAACCCUCGCGUCACUGCGCUGGUGCGCCGCAGCGGUCAGGUGAUGUUGUCUUCGAAUGCCAAAGUGUCGGAAGACGGGCUCAAGAGGUCCGCCAAGAAAGUGGCACGGCUGGUGCAGAGGUUCGAUGGCUUUUCGACCUCCGUGGCAUCCACUGAACCAAUUUCGGGAGGGGGCGGAUGUUCAAAGACCGUGCCAGGGCGGGUCAUCCUCAAGCCAAGUUCGCCGAUUAUGGCAUCUCCAGCAUCCUGUGCAAGGCGGAUUUGGGCUUUCCCGUGCGCUUGGACCAGCUGGCAUCGAAGUUUCGGCGCAACGCACUCUACGAGCCCGAGUUCUUCUGCAGCUGCGUCUUUCGCACGAAGAAGCCCAAGUGUACAUAUCUCGUCACAGCCGGUGGCAAGGUCUCCAUCAGCGGUCUGCGCACCAUGGAGGACGUUCAAGAGGCUUUGA